ACUAUACAAUACAUGCAUGAGUGCAUUUUACAAAUAUUAACUUGUUAAGUUCAUUCCUUUAUUCAUUCAAGCUCAAAAUAUAUACACAAUGCUGUUUUCCGUCAUGGAACGAGUCUUUUCUCAAUAUUCUUUGCUCGCUUCUUCUUUUGCAAAUGCUUUUGUGUUGUGUGUUUUGGUAAUGAUUUGCAGAAGCAGUGAAGCAGUGGUGAAUCUGCCUAAGAAUGCGACAGUUCCAGCGGUGAUAGCGUUUGGGGAUUCAAUAGUGGAUCAAGGAAACAACAACGUUAUCGAAACAAUAGCUAAGUGCAAUUUCCCACCUUAUGGGAAGGAUUUUGUGGGUGGACCUACUGGCAGGUUUGGCAAUGGCAAAACCCCUGCAGACCUCAUAGCUGAACAAUUAGGAAUUAAAGAGUAUGUACCGGCAUAUCUAGAUCCACAUUUGCAGCCUAGUGAGCUUCUCACUGGUGUAAGCUUUGGUUCAGGAGCCUCUGGUUUUGACCCUCAAACAGCCCAGCUAGCGUCAGUUCUAUCAAUGUCGGAUCAACUACAUUUGUUCAAAGAAUACAUUGGGAAGGUGAAAGGGAUGGUUGGAGAAGAGAGAACAAACUUCAUAUUGAGUAACAGUUUUUAUUUAGUUUUGGCUGGGAGCGAUGACCUUACCAACACAUACUUUACAGCUGGCAUCAGAAAAUUGCAGUACGAUAUUAAUUCUUACACUGAUCUUGUCGUCAAGUAUGCUUUGGAUUUUGUUAAGGAACUUUAUCUACUGGGGGCGAAAAAGAUUGGUUUAUUCGGGGCAGCACCAAUAGGAUGCUUGCCGUCACAGAGAACACUAGCAGGGGGAGAAUUGAGAGUGUGUUCUGAGAUAUACAACCAGGCUGCUCAGUUGAUGAACUCCAAGCUCUCUUCUGCUAUUACUUCCUACAACAAUAGUCUCAAUGACCCUAAAGCCAGGAUUGUCUACAUUGAUAUUUACAAUUCUCUGCUUAAUAUCAUUCUAAAUCAUGACAAAUAUGGGUUUUCUGUUGCGGAUAAAGGGUGUUGUGGGACAGGGAAUUUAGAGGUGAGCAUACUGUGUAACAAAUUGACUGACCCAUGUCCAAAUGACUCCGUGUAUGUAUUCUGGGACAGCUACCAUCCCACAGAGAGGUGCUAUAGAGUACUCGUCAAUCAGGUCCUUCAGUCUAGUCUCAACAAAUUCUUCUGAUCCUGCCCCAUUCGCCUCUCGUGAUUUCCCUCAAAUCAAAUCUUCUCUCUUUACUUACUAUCGAGUUGUCGAAAUAAUUGAAAUAUCACUCAUAUAUAGUGUAUGAUCAUUUCAGUAUGUAUUGUUUGUGCACAUUCCUUAAUUUAUAUCUUGGUACUGGUAUGUAAGGUUUUUUAUUGUGGGCUUAGUCAAGCUGGUUUUGACUGCAAGUGCGAGAGAGCUAGGCAUGGAUUGGAUCCUCCAACAACAUGUUGCAUUUUUACAUGGUUUUGUUAAGCUCCA